AGGCGCUGCACUUCAUGCUGCUGGUGUCGGAGGUGGAGGAGACGGAGAUCUUUAAGAUCUGUCUGGAGUACUGGAACCACUUGGCAGCCGAGCUCUACAGAGAGAGUCCGUUCUCCACCUCCAGCACCCCGCUGCUGUCCGACGUGCCCCCCCGCAGACACCUCUACCUGCCCGUGCUCUCACAGGUGCGUUUGCUGAUGGUGAGCCGCAUGGCCAAACCAGAGGAGGUGCUGAUUGUGGAGAACGAUCAGGGGGAGGUGGUGCGGGAGUUCAUGAAGGACACGGACUCCAUUAACCUUUACAAGAACAUGAGGGAGACUCUCGUCUCAUUGGCCCUCCUCUUCCAGGUGAUGAUGCCAGGAGGCAAGUGCGAGCCACUGUUCCUGUGCAGCCUGGAGAUCCUCAGCCACUACGAGGCCAUCAUGGCGGCGUUCCCUCACAGCAGCAGCUCUCUGGAGAGCGACAACACCCGCCACUUCUUCUCCACCAUCACUGACAACCUGCAGAGCCAGGAUAUGAAGGCGGUGCUGCAGCAGAAGAUCGCUCAGCUGGUGUCAGCGGCAACUUGA